GUCACUGUCUGCCCUUGCCCUGUUGAACCAUAUCGUAUAUCACCGCCUUUCGACAUGCAAGCGUUACAAAGUUUGAUGGCUGCUUGGCGGCCGUUUGCUCAGCAAAAUGCCACUCGCGUUGCUGCAUCGACCCUCGCUCGACCUUCUACCAGCGCUCUUGUAAGCCAACUUCGACCCAACCCCUUCACAUUCGCACAACAAAAAUCCGGCAUGGCCACGUUGAAUCAAGUUAUUCGUAAAUGCCGCAAAACAAAGACAAAAUUGAGCAAAUCACCUGCUUUGGAAAGCUGCUACCAGCGCAAGGGAGUAUGCAAUAAAGUGUAUACGACAAAACCCAAGAAGCCCAAUUCCGCUGUGCGAAAGGUGGCUCGUGUGAAGCUCACCAAUGGCAAAGUGAUUACCGCUUAUAUUCCCGGUGAAGGACACAAUUUGCAAGAGCAUUCUGUGGUGCUUGUUCGUGGUGGUCGUGUGCCUGAUCUUCCUGGUGUCCGUUAUCACUUGGUCCGAGGUGCACUGGAUCUGCAGGGUGUUGCCACUCGCACCACCAGCCGAUCCAAAUAUGGCACGAAAAAGCCUACCAAGAACUAGAAGCGUGAUUAAAAAACAAGACAUUGUUAGAAUUUUUGGUGUGAGCGCUCAUCAUCCUCGGUCAUCUACCCAUUCCCAUAUUUUUAUCUAUGGUUUUUUUUUUUCAUCGCAACUUUCAUUCAAAUAAUGUGAAUAAAAAAAAAGGAAUAAUGCUGUAUUAUACUAGAC